CACCGUAUCGUUUGCCAUCGCCAUCGCCGUAAUCGUCGAAACGUCCGCCGCACGUCUGCAGUACCGUGCUCUUGCCUCGCACUUGCUGUUAGGCUGCUUCUUGCUCCUUCUCCACAGCUCAAGCGCCAGUUCUCGUUGAAUUUGACAAGAUGAUUCCGGCCCAGCGCAACAAGAUUGACAUCAGCAAAAUGACGGAGGAGGAGCAGAAGCUGUUCCGCCUCUACGGAAAGCUGCCUACUCACAAGAACGUUAUCACGAAGAUGCAGAAGGAUCGGAAGUUCUUCGACUCUGGCGAUUACGCCUUGUCGAAGGCUGGAAAAGCCCCCCAGAACACUGUAGGCACGGCCAUCCCCAGCCCGGAGAAUAUUCCUCAUGCAGCAACCCCGCCGGCUGGUCAGCAAUUAUCGUCAUCGCCCACGAAUGGUGUCACAAGCCCCGUCAAAGAGAGCUCCUUGCACCACUCUGACACUGAGGAGGACACCAAAGAGGAAGUCGUGGAAGCCCCCGCCGAACCCGCCGUGGACCCUUUUGAUGAAGCGGCCGCUUCUGUGGUCGAAUCGCAGUGACCGCCCCCGCGGCCCUUGUGACCGCUCACCAAACACCGUCCCCGAUUGCGAUUGUCACUCGUUGCAUUGCUGAUUCUUGCGCCUUUCCAUGGCUUCGCAAACGCCAUCUUCAAUGUACUUUUAAAUAAUGGUUCUCGAGUCGUGGCCUACGGAUAUGUAACAUAGGUUGGACUGCGGAUAAUGCCAAUUUCAAGUCGAAGAGCAC